CACAGUAACACACACUAACACACAGUGAACUGUUUUUUUUUUUGGUUUGCUUAGAGAACUGUUCAGCACAGCUCAAACCCUUGAAGAAUAAAUAUUCUGUUUUUGUAUUCCCAUUUAAAUUGAUUAGAUUUUUGUACUUGAAAAUCUAGCCAGGAAUGACACAUUUUGUUUUUGUUUGUUUUUUUUACAUAAGAUCCGAGUCUUGUUUUUCAUAUUUUUCUCCCCUAAGGGCUCUUUGUGUGUUUCUGUAUUUGUUUUGUUGAUGGAGAGAUUUAAGUGUGGGGAACUGGGAGGAAAGAAGCCAUUAACAGGCACAUGUACUUCUUAGAUUUCCCUGAUAGCUGUGGACUGGGUGUGGAGGGAUGUUUUCUGGUCAUCAGAGGGAGGGGGGGUGGUUACAUGCCCUACGUAUUCUAGUCCUCUUGACCCCUCCCCCUUUCCCUAACACUAACACUGAUCUGAGCUUGCUGCCCAGGGACUUCCUGUUUUAGCUGAGAGUCGCACGCAUCGGCUUCCUGUGGUUGAAGUGUCCCGUGCCUUGGGACUGUGAAAGAUGAGGAUGAGGCGGGGGCCGCUGACAGGGGCCAAGGGUAGGACAGAAAGAGAGGGGGAGACAGAGGCGACGGGACGCAGAGGUGCGUCAGCGGGAGCAGGCCGUUCUCCUCUGACGCACGUUCGAAUUACCCGUGCCGUUUUGGAGGAACUGAAAAUUCGUUCCCCACACCCGCCUGCAGGGGGCUGCAGCGUGCCCAUCGGACGAGGCGCAAAAGGGAAGUUUAAAGCAGAAGUGAGAUUUUGCGGCCUUGUGCUGAGAAUCGCAGUCUUGUACUGCCUGAAGCUGCACUUUUUAAUGCAACUGUUGCAGUUUUGUCUCUUUUUAUUCUUAUGCAUCUGUUCCGCCAGUGCUGCUCCACCCACACCCACCCAAAUGAGAGUAGCCUGUCACAUCCCUCAGUGCACCAUCCUUCACUCCCUUCAGCUUCCUUACCUGCUGCCUCACCUGCCACGACUGCAUCGUGGGGGUCUGCUCACAACACAGUUAAAUAUAGCAGAAAAUGAUCUAGUCUUACUACAGUGUUGCUGUAGUACUCUCCCUAGCUGACCAAGGUAAUUGCUGCUUUAGUACGGUACAUAAAUUAUACAUAAAUGUUAUUAUUUUUAUUUUGUCACAUGUCCUUGUGCUUGUGAAAGUGGAGCGUGGUUAAAUGAGAGCGGGAAGGCACUUCGCCGCCGUGGAAACGGUCGGCCGAGACUUCCCCUCGGGUCACUUAUUUUGCCGCUCCCAGAAUGCACUGCUCCCUUUGCUGUUGCCUCCUCUCUGCAACCCCUCAGAGCUGGGGAAGGAGCCUGGAGACAGGCUAGCUCUCAGCAACGUCUGUGUUGGUGUGUGUGUGUGUGUGUGUGUAUGCGUGCAUGUGUGCGUGUGCGUGCACAUGGGUGUAUGUGUGUGCAUGUGCCUGCUUGUGCGUGUACGUGUGUGCGUAUGUGUUUCUGUGCGUGUGUGUCUGUAUAUGUGUGUGUGUGUGUGUGUGUGUGUGUGUGCGCGUGCGUACGCAUUUGAGUGUGUCAUGGUUGCCUGUGUUUUACUUAUGUGGUGUUUUGUUGUUGUUUUUCUUUUUAAAUCCCGUGUCCUUGUCCUGAUAGUUUGGAUGUGUUCCAGUCAGCUGUACUUGAGGUCACGGAUGUGAUCUAUUUUAACAGGACAAUGUAGGGCUCGGGUUCCAAAAAAAGCAAACAAAAGAAAGCGGUGGUCUUGAUUGGCUCUUAUGUAAAUAAACCCAGGGAAGGGCAGUAGAGCUUGCUAUCUCUGGCUGCUCUGUAUCUGGGACUGGGGUGAACAGGGUUAAUGACACUGCAGUGUUGGUGUUACUGGUGCUGUCACGCCUCAACACCAGACUCUACUGAGGGCCUACUGUGUGUGCACUGUGAACACUGUGAGUCUUUACUGAGCAUUGCUCCCCACGGGCUAGAAGUUAAUAUAAUUUUGCUUUGAUCCAAACUGGUUCCACUUACCUCAUUUUUCACUUUAGUCAUUUCACCUCUUGCUUUUGUAUGUUCUCCCAUGUCAGUAUUCUUAAAACAUGGUUCAGAUUUCAGUAUAUAAACCCUAGAGGAAUAUGUAGAAGUUUGUAUGUAAAAUGAAUUGACCAUCUUGGAUAAGGUGAUGUAAAGAAAUGACAUUCGUUUUUCCCAUUUUAUUGUAACCUGCAGCUAAUUUGCCGGAGUGGAGGAAAAAUGAAUUUAUUUUUAAUUCCCUGAAAUACUAAACUUGAGCUUUAGUGGAGCCUGGACAGGCGUAAAGUUUUGAAAUCCAGCCCCUACAAAUUUCCAAUACUACACAAUGGAAUGGAAGUAAGCUAUUGGGCAUCACCAUGUGUCUGUAUGUAUGUCUGUAGGUUUGUGUACUUUAUUAUUUUAAAGCUAAAGCUUUUAUCUGUGCUUGUAUGUACAGCAUUAGGGUUUUUGUACCUUUAGUAAAGAAUACUUUAGGUCAGAAACAUACAAAAGACCAAAAAAAGAGACUUAAAUCCCGUAGUUUUUUUAUUUUUUAAGCUUGACCUAAGUUCCAUUGUUCUAUAUACCCCAGUGCCUUUACUGUAACUGUUCUAAAGUACUGAGUGACUCCUCUGCUUUGGAGUAGCAAGGGUGUGGACGUGUUCUAUGAUGACUGUUGAGGAAUGUUCUGGAUAAGUUUAUCAGCAUGUUUGGGUUUGUGUAUUUAUGUACUUUAUGUAUUUCAUCUCUAUCUUUAAUUUCAGUCUGUAAAAAGUUGUCUGGUUUGUUCUCUAGCUCUGAAACUUGUAAUUGCAGAGUUUAGGUUUAAAAACUCAUUAUUGCUUUACUUAAGCAGCACAAUUAAAAUAUCCUGCAUCUAUUUUGAUUUUUCUUGUAAAAUUUUGCCUUCGUAUUCUCAUUUUUGAGUGGUGUGUUUGUUCCUCAGUCAUUAACACAACAACCUGUGUAAAUCAUUUCCAUGAGAUUUCACUCCUAAGGUGAGGGACAAAGUAUAAAAGGUCUGCUGUUAAAAAGCAGUAUUUUUCAGUGGAUGAAUAUGCAUACUUCUCUUUUCUCCAGGCUCACUUGGAGUGGGCUCAGGUAAAUCAUUUUAAUUGCUGCAAAACUCUUUUGUUCUCAACAGAAACAGCUACAGCUGAAGGUGUGAAAAUUAAUUUUGAGAAAAUAAUUAAGAAAUGUAAUUUUUCACUGUUGAACUUUGGACUGUUUGAUGGAAAGCUCAAUAAUUUGCACAUAUAUUGCCAGAAGGCCUUGGGUAGAUUUAGAAAAGGGAGAAUUAGAUUUAGACACGCCUGUCGUACAGACCGUGUAAGCAGAGCUUCUGUAGUUCUCCUCUAGGUUGGUGUCAUCUCCCCUGAUGGCCACAUCUGUUCUGGCUGCAUUUGGCUUCCCUUGCACCUGUGGACUGCAAAUUUGCUUUUCCUGUACACCGUUUUCAUGCUUACUGAAAGCACUGUCAGCUCAGCACAGGGCCUACCGGUAGAGGCGCGUGGUGGUGAGAUGUUGAUUUUGGCUCAUCUGUUGCUCUAACUGAAGCCACCAGAGGUCUUGUUUGUUUCAGUUCUGCCUUUGCUCCACUUUUCUGACCAAACCCACGUCUGAUUUUCUGGUCCCUGUUUUGUCCAAAGUAAGCUGUAAGUCGUUAGAGGUAAAGCAACGCCUGUGACAUGGAGUACGUCCGUACAGUACGUCCCACUGCAAAUCAACACCGUUGGAAAUUCUGGCAGGCUGUGGAUGAGUGUUGCCAUGGAGAACCUGGAGGACAAAUUUGCAGCUCUGUCAGUUGCUCGACGCCUGCAGCCUAGGGAGCCCACGUACCUGCUGGACCUAGCUGUUCAGACUCCAGGCUCUGGCGGUGGGCUGGUGGCUGCCUGUUGCUCCAACCGCUCUGUUGUUCUGCACGACUCGCACACCCUCAGUCUUCAGGGUGAAUUCAAGGGUCACAGCGGGGCAGUGUGUGGAGUGCGUUUUGCCCACUCCUCCUCUGGCCUGCUGUUCUCAGGCUCUGCUGAUGGGACAUUGUGCGCCUGGGAUGUGCGCUGCCCCGGCUCGCAGGCUGUACAGGUGUUCCAGAGCUCCUCCUCUCACUCUUUCUGCAGCUUUGACAUCAGCUGCAAUGACGUGGUGCUGUGCGCUGGCACUGAGCAGGUGGAGGAGGACAGCUUCCUGGUGUUCUGGGAUGCCCGCAUGGCAAAGGAGAGGGACGGGGUUUUGGGGGUGUACUCCGAGUCCCACAGCGAUGACAUCACUCAAGUGCGCUUCCACCCUCGGGAUCCAGACCGCCUGGCUUCUGGCUCCACUGACGGCCUGGUCAACGUGUUUGACCUGGGCCACGGCUCGGAGGAAGACGCCCUGCUAGCCACCUGUAACUCCGGCUCCUCUGUCAGUGCGGUGUGCUGGGCGGGUAAGGAAUAUGGGAGGCUCCUGUGCCUGAGCCAUGAUGAGGGUCUCCACCUGUGGGACUUGGCCCACAUGGAAACGGAGGAACCGUUGACCGUUCUGAGCAUCCCUGAUGCCCGGUGCUCUUCUUCUCUCUCUGGAGAUUCAGCCCUGGAUUACUUUGUGGGAGGAGCCUGGGUGGAGCAGGAGGAGAGGCUCCUGGUGAUUGGUGGGACCAUCAGAGGGGAGCUCCACCUCUUUGACUGCAGUGACCAGGGCCUGGAGCUACGGAAAUCUCUGCAGGGUGGCCACUCUGCCACUGUUCGCUGUUUCCAGUGGGACCCUGCGGGGGGCGCUCUCUUCACGGGUGGGGAGGAUGCACAGCUGGUGCAGUGGAAGCCAGGAGCAGAGGAACUAGCAUCUGGGAAGAGACACACCUUAAAAAGUGCCUCUGCAUUGCAGCUCAAAGCUGGACGCCAUGGGAAGCACACAAGCAAGAAAGAAAAGUGAGACAGAGGGGUGGGAACUGGGGAGGACAUCAAAGACAGGGGAACAGUGCUUUGCUUUGUGAACCGCCUGUUUCCAUAGACAGUGCUGUCGGCUGAGAACACCUGUGUAAGCAUUUGGGGACACAGCCUGGGACGUCUUUCUAGUGAUUUAUGGAAAACCGAAAGGCUGCAGACCUGGAGUACCGGGGGUCCAUGCAGGCCGGUGGAUCAGUACCCAGCACAGACCGGAACUCAGGCCCACUGCCCUCCAGGACAAGACAUAUACACAGAAGAAAUGGGAGGUGUUUUCCAGGCACUCACCGUUAAUGUGUUUUCAUGCUUUAUCCUGUGAAGUGAAGUGUCAGUUAGAUUUUCUUUCAAAGUCUGCAGAAAAGAGAUGUUUAUGGCACAAGACCAGCGAGGACUGCUGUUUCCCCUGUGCCUUGUCAAAGUCUAGUGACCCCAGACUUGGAAAGGGCAUCUGUUGAUUAUCUUUUCUUUUUUCUUUUUUUUAAAUCUAGCGUGAAUUUUAAAAUUUCUGCUCUGAAGUUUAAAAGUAGCCUUCAUCUUGGAUUCUGAUUACAGGGUUCACAUCAUCAAAGUCAGUGAGAUGAUAGAGUGCACAUAGGAGCAACAAUGUCCUGUCCUGUUCUACAAAAUAAAUAUAAUGAUAUUUAAUGACUUCGAAAUGGAGUUCAAUCUAGAGGCCUUCCCUGUAAUCACUCAAGACAAUGAUAUUUGGACAGCUCUGCACAGUGUUUCCUGGGGCGGAGACCAGCACCAUAAACAGAACAGUAAACCAGUCUAAUGACAGAGAAAAAGGCUGUACACAGUGGAAAUGAAUUGUUAUGGGUCACUCUGAGAAGUACCUUUAUGACUAUAGGCUGUGGUUAUGUAUUCAGUAUCAUCAUGCUUGCUUUUAAAUUAUAUAAGAUCAUUUGCAUUAUCUUGAGAUUAAAAAAAUGUGCCUUACGUAUAAACCUGUUUGUAUCUCCUGACUUCAGUAAACGGUUGUGUGCUGGGCUGGGUAUGAAUGUUUUUGUGCACAACUGGGUGGAGUUAUGAUUUAAUCCUAAAUGGAAUCUUCAUAAAACAGCAUGAACUCUUUUAACAAUACUUUAAGUCUGAACAUAGUCACCAUCCGUUUAUAAUGUUUUGUGUAAAAUGUAAAAAGAUCAUUAUUCUUGGAAUGUAGUAUUUGCUCAAAGGCUUGUGUCAUAGCUCAGGCUGUAUAUUUGGUAAUCUGCGUGAUGCACAGCAGCCAUCAUGAGAUGUAGCACUGUAGCAAGCGUGGCCAGUUUUCAUCAAACUGUCAAAUUUAGUGAGUCUAAAUGUUGAAACGACCACCCCAGUUUGUCAAAGAAUUCUAAAAGGUUGUCAGUGGCUGAAGGGUGUUGGGAUCUUGGUGUAAUAUAUCGCAGAGGUGCACAACAAGGGCAGAUCACAUGCAUACUUCAGGUGUAACUUUUUAUAGUAUAUUUAUAUUUCUUAAUAUGCUUUGUACAUUACACAUGGUAUCAUUCGAACAACAUAUGGAGACAAUUUCAUUAACCAUGACUUUUUUGUCAUUUGUUUUAGAGAGUUUAGCUGUCUUUCAAUUAGAAUUUUAGGAUUGAAGGUGUGUCAUAAUGUACAUCCUGCAUGGAGAGGCUCAGGCCGCUGUCUCAGCAAAGUAUUUUUAAAAUAGUUUACAGUGACUGCUCUUGAUAUCUCUGACAUCUUAACUAACAGUCCUAUGUUAGUAUUAGAACAGAGUGGCAUUUUUAAAAUACAAACUGAACUUGUCUACUAAAACUGAACGUGUCUACUAAGUUUAAUAAAAUGGUUAAGAAAAUGCAUUCAGGGCUGAAAUUCUUUUUUCAAAUCCAUCAUAUUCUAGUAUAUAGUAUAGCUACUUAUUUAUGGUGACUACCUAAAUUAUGUUUAUUUUGAUGUGAAAAAAACCAGUGUCCCAUAGUGCUGCAAUGUGUAAAUAAGCAAUGCCUUACCUGUCUGUAAAACAUUCAAUUGGAAAUUAAAGGGAUUAUGGCUUUAAAUGUAAAACAAAAUUCUAUAUCUAGAGGUCUAGAUCAUAAUGGUCUUAGAGCAUUGAUCUAGUUCUGUGGUUCUCAGCCUUUUAUUCUUUUUUCAUGGCAUGCAUAUAGCUAUUUCUGACAUAAUGUGGCUUAAUCUCUCUAAACAUGAAAAGCAUAAUUGAGGAUAAUUAACUGCUUGUUAAAAUUCUGGGAUUGCCAUUGUGGUUGGAACGAAAACAAGCAUACACGGUGGUACCUCAGGGCCGAGUUUGAGAAACACUGGUCUAGCUGAUCUAGUAGGCACUAAAAUAGAAGUAAAAAGCAGUAUUACUAGCUAUUCUAUAUGAGGAAAUAGAUGGAAGUAAUUAGUGGUGUAAAUGUUAGUAUUUUGUGGUAAAUUAUAAGAUAUUAUGAAAGUAUCUUGUGUGACUGAGUGGAAUUUCUUUGAAUUGUAAUGAAUUAUUUUCCACUUCCUGUCAUUCCAGUUCAACAUCCUGUUGGGGUGGCCAAUUCAAUUCCAUUUCCAACCCUGGCAUCAGAACAGUUGCUUAACCAUUUGCAUGUGACAGCACAGGGAUAUUGUUUUUUACUGCUUUGUUUAUUGUGUCCACCACUGGCCCACCAGCAUCACUUUAAGUAACAAAGCUUUUUUUUUCAUUUCGCAAGACUAAUUCAUAUUUAGCUGCUGAGAUCUUGUAGAAGAAAAGAGUUUAUAUCAUAAGAUUUUUAAAAAAAAAUUCUAUUUAAUCAUUUUUUGUCCUAAGAAAUAUUACUAGAAAAAUGCUUUGCCAACUGACAUUUAUAUAACAGGUUACAUUUAAAAUUGAACUGUGGUUAGAAUUACCAAUACAUCAGCAUUUAAGUACAGUCAGAAAUUCCUUGACUGCCGACAGAUUAGCAACACUGAAACUAACACCAAAACACUGAGUCAGCGCACUUGGGUGGUGACUAUUUUUUGUCCCUAUAGCCAUGCUACCAUCAGGCCAUCUUCUGUAUAAUUAAUUGCUUAGGUUCAGAAGAACAGACUGGAGCUGCAUGAGCUGCAUAUAUUGUUUUGUUUUGGGUUUUUUUUCUUCUUUUUUUGUUGUUGUGUAGUUGUUACUUGAUAGUGCUUUGCAAUGUUAUGUACCAAAAAAAUUUAUGGAAAUAUUUAUCAAUGAUUAUUAUGAUAUAUUAUAUCUAUCUAUUAUAUGAUUAUUUAUCAACUGAUUAUUUUCUAUUAUGUGGUGGUUGGUGAUUUUUUGGAUUGAACAUUAUGUAUAUGCAGGCAUUGAUGCAUGAUUGUUUUCUCAAAUUCAUGUAACUCCUAGUCAAGGAUGUUUAUUAUUGAAUAAUAACUUGUGAUAAGUGAUAUAUACCUCAUGUGCUGCUGUAAAAAAUAUAGCUGAUUUUGCAGUUG